AAGAAGAGGGAGAAAUUUCAUACGAAAAAAUUGGUUGCAAAUUCAUACAAGCAAAAGCAAAACGAAGAAAGUAACGCAUACGUAAUCUAAUCUCCCAAAAAAAAUCCCCAAUUAUCUAAGCCCUAAUCUCGUCUGUGAUUGCGUACAUUCGAAGAAGACGAAUAUGAAGAUCGAAGAGCGAGAGUUAUUCCGAUUCCGAAUCCAGAACUGAGAUUCGGAAUUGAAAGCAUUAACCGGCGUUUGGGUGGUGGGGCGCUAAGAAAAAUUUCACACCCCCUCCAUCCACAAUUAAGAGAAAAAAAUGAUAGAGUGGUUGAAGCAAUUGCGGAUCGCGUUUGGUGCGUCGUUUUUAUGGCUGGUUUGCUUGAUUUACUUCACCCAGGGUUUCAGAUCAUUCGUAUGGACUGCGGUUUCAUACCAGCUAAAAGACAAGCUAAAUCUAUCGCCCGCAGCAUCUCAGUUUGUGACGUCAGUAGCCUUUUUCCCAUGGAGUAUCAAACCACUAUAUGGAAUCUUAUCGGAUUGCGUACCAAUUCGAGGACGAAAAAGAGUUCCUUACUUAGUAAUUGCAACAUUGCUUUCCCUUUUCCCGUGGCUUAUCUUGAGCAUUAAUAUAGCCUCGAGGAGCUCUAAAGUGCCUUUCAUGGUUUUUUUGACUGUCCAAAAUCUGGGCUCCGCUAUGGCUGAUGUUGUGAUUGAUGCCAUGAUAGCCGAGGCUGUAAGACUCGAGAGGGCCUCUUUUGCUGGCGAUCUUCAGUCUAUAUCCUGGAUGGCUAUGGCUUUUGGAGGAAUAUUCGGGAGUUUAAUCGGGGGAUAUGCUCUAACUAAUUUACGAAUAGAUCAAAUAUUUUUAUUUUUUUCGGUAUUACCAGCCAUACAGCUGCUUUCAUGUGGUUUAGUUGAGGAAAGUUCUGUUAUCAGUGAAGUUUCUCCUGUAACAAAUGGAGGCUCCCUCUCAAUAAAUGGCAGAAAUGCCCCUGAAGAUACUUUGAGGAUCAAGAACAAUAGUUCUACUGAUAAUUCUAAAAACAAGAACUUGAGGCGAAAGAAGAGCCAGAAAAAUGAAGAACAAGGGCCCACAACUGUAACAAAAUCCCAGGUUAAUGAAGUUGAGAAAUCUUUUUCAACAAGAUGGCUUCGUUCCUUCAAAACGGCCACGUAUUCAUUGUUUAAAGCUUUUCGACAGCCAAUGAUUUUGAGGCCUAUGACUUGGUUUUUUCUGGCACACGUGACUGUUCCGAAUCUCUCCACAGUGAUGUUUUAUUACCAGACGGAAAUUCUCAAACUGGAAGCUUCCUUUUUGGGGACGACACGUGUUGUCGGGUGGUUGGGCCUCAUGCUUGGAACCCUCGUCUACAAUCGCUACUUGAAGAAAAUGAAACUACGCAAAAUCCUCUUGUUUGCUCAUAUUGGCUUGUCCCUUUUGACUCUUCUUGAUGGAGUUCUCGUUUCAAGAUCGAAUCUUUCACUAGGCAUACCCGAUAAAGUUAUGGUGCUCUUCGGAUCAGCUCUCUCAGAUGGGGUCAAUCAAUUUAAGUUUAUGCCAUUCCUUAUAUUAUCAGGGCAACUUUGCCCACCUGGCAUUGAAGGGACUUUAUUUGCACUCUUUAUGUCUAUAAACAAUUUUGGUUCGACUGUGGGAUCGUUUGUAGGUGCUGGGCUUGCUUCGAUUCUUAAUAUUUCAUCGGGGAAUUUCGACAAUCUUUUCUUGGGAAUUGUUAUUCAAGUACUGUGCACGUACAUUCCGGUUGUUUUUCUGUUUUUGAUACCGAAAGAAGCUACCGGAAUAUCGGCGUAGAAUUUAGAGUUAUUUAGGUGAUACAAGAAACUUGGAGUUCUCCAAUAUAGAUACAGUCAUACAGAGAUCAAACUAGGAAUAUCUAUACUUACAUUGAAAGGGUAUUAUUGGAAUGAUAUUUUUUGUCCUCUCUAAUACAGAGUUGUGGAUUAGUAUGAAUUUUACUUUUGUCAUUCGUCAGAAUGAAAUGACAAAUUGAAUGUUGUUUCAUGAUCUUGAUUUGUUUCGAUU